UCUCUCUCACCGCUUCGGUCUUUAAUAGUCACGACAUCGCUUCCGAUGGUGUUGACACGGGGCUGCUGGGACUUGCAUAUGUAACUGGAGUCUGUGACCUGGACACUAAGUGUUCUAUCAACGAGGAUUACGGAUUUGGAGCCGGACUAGUUAUGGCUCAUGAAACAGGGCACUCACUUGGAUUAAAUCACGAUGGAACGUACGGCUGUGCUGAAGGACGUAACAUCAUGUCUGCAUCUCUCCCCUCAAGCACUGGUGCGUUCGAAUGGUCAACCUGCAGUUCAGAACACAUGAAAAUAUCUAUCAGUUCCGAAGUGUGCAUGGAUGAUGUUCCUAUUUUCGAUCUGUCUCCCAUCGACGAUCUCCCGGGUCUGAGAUAUAGUGCAGACAUGCAGUGUCAAAUGGAAUUGAGCAUUCCAACCGCCCACAGGUGCACUUUUUUGACAACAUCUUGCACUAAACUUUGGUGUAGUGUUCGGGCUCCUCAUCUUGUUCCGGCCAUGGCCUACCUGCCGAAGGAACUUCAUGUGGAGAAGGAAUGUGGUGCAUAAAUGCAGAAUGCGUUAAUAACACACUGAACGUCACUAUACCUGUCGAUGGCGGGUGGACAGAAUACAGUAGCUUCUCAUCCUGCUCGCGAACAUGUGGGACAGGGGUUCAACUUCAGAGUCGAACCUGUACCAAUCCCAACCCACAAUGGGGAGGAAUGCCUUGCGUUGGAGAAAGCCAAAUCUACAUGCUGUGUAAUGAGGAGCCAUGCGCAACUUCGCAGGAUGACUUCCGUAAUGAGCAAUGUGCUGCAACAAAUUCAAUCCCACUGAACGGCAAUACGUACAGCUGGAUGGACUACCCAAUCUUCACAGGUAGGUUUAAAGAGAAGGUCGAGUUCUGGGAAGAGGUGAAAAAUAAUUUGUGAGCGUUAUC